UACUAAUCAAGCUAUGUUAUAAUACAGUUUCUACGAUCUACAUAUUGGGACAUAAAUUUAGGUAAGCAGUAUCUUAAUUUAUAAUCGGUAGUUCAUAGGUACGCGAGGGUAUUGAAAAUAUUACGUCGGCAUUUGCGUAUAAUGAAUUUUAUAAUGAUACGAAUAGUACCGGACGAACGUUCAUAGAUAAAUAAACGGCGCUCUCGAACGAGCACUCGUCGCCGCCGUCGGCCGGUUGCGAAUUGCGAGUAGUAGGCGCGACUUACGCCGUUCGCUUGCGGAUCGUGAAAACACCUAACAGCGCAUCCUCUCGGUCAUUGCACGCGUAAAUUGUUCGUCACACGUCCUAAGUAGAUUGCUCACUGGCCGAUUACCUACCUUAUCAAAAUUGAUAAGUGCUAAAUGUACGGAUGAAGUGACGAACUAGAUUAGUCCGUGUCGGUUGCUAACUUUACAGGACUUUAUUGUUACCCAACUGUUCAAAAUUGAACGUAACUUAUUAGUUAAUAGUUAUUACUUAUUUUAGUAUAGACUACAGUUGUUGUACACAAUUUAUCAAUAUUAAGUGCCUACUAUUUAUUAAGUUCAAAGUUCUAAUUAUUUAUUUAACACUAAUACUUUAUGAUUUUUGUAAUAAUUAUUAGAAUUUAAAUUAUUUAGUUUAAUGUUUGAUAACAUAUUUUUUUUUCAACAGCUAACAAGUAUUUUGUUUAUAGUCAAUAUAAUUUAAAAUACAAAUUUGUGUACCAUGUUAUGUGGAAAAUAUUUUUUAUUUUAUUUCUUAAGUUUAUUUUUUUUUAAAUCUACAACUGUAUAUGGAUUAAUAGAUCCAAUCACAGGAACUUUUGUUGUAGGAGCUUUUGUGUCAGGAUACUUUUUAAAUUCAAACUAUAUACUCCCUUAUUUUGGUGGAUGUCCUAAAACAUUUGAAAUUAAAGAUUUAGAGCACGACAUGAAAAAAAGUUUUUUUGGGCAACAUAUUGCAUCAAAAAUUGUAGUAUCUGCUUUGGCAGGUAAUUUGCAUCGUAGCAGUAAGAACAAAAAACCAUUAGUAAUGAGUUUCCAUGGUUCUACUGGUUCUGGUAAAAAUUUUUUAUCAGAUUUAAUUGCUAAACAUAUGUUCAAAUCGAACAAAGUAAAAGAAUUACGAUAUUAUGUUAUUCAUGGACGAUCUAAAUUUCCUUUGCAAUCAAAAAUAAACGAUUAUAAGGAAAAACUUUAUUCUGAUGUGAAAUCCGCUAUAAAAUCAUGUGAUACAAAUUUAUUUGUUUUUGAUGAAAUCCAUUAUAUACCUAUGGGUAUAUUAGACAUACUAAUACCUAUUCUUGAAAAUAAUGAUGUAUCCGUGGAUUCUAGGAAUUCAAUUUUUAUAUUUUUAACUAAUACAGCCAGUGAUUCUAUUAUAAAAAAGUACUUAGAACUCUGGGUUAGUGGAGUUUCAAGAGAAAGGAUGAAAGUUCAAGAUUUUGAUACCAUUUUACUAAAAUCUGCUUUCAAUGAAGAAGGAGGGUUGAAGAAAAGUGCAAUAAUAGAUUCCCAUAUUAUUGAUCAUUAUGUUCCAUUUUUACCACUCGAAAAAGUUCAUGUGCAACAAUGUAUCGAGGCAGAGUUGAAAAAUCUUAAAAAACAUUUGGAUUCUGAAACAAAAAGCGAAAUAUUGCAGAUAAUUACAUUUGGUCCCGAGCCUCAAAAGUUAUUUUCUUCUUCUGGUUGUAAAAGGAUCAAAGCAUUGGUUACAACUGAAUUAGAAUCAAAUUUAAUUUGAAAUUUUUAAUGUACACUGUGAGUGUUCUUGUACAUAAACUUUUGGAAAAAAACCAAUCUGAAAAUAAGUAUUAAAAUAUAUAUUUUUGUAAUGUUUUAUAAUCAUUAAAAAUGUUUAAUAUAA